AAAAAGCAGCAAAAUUAAAAUUUCUCUCAUUAAUUUUAUAAACAAAUGAAAAUAUCUACUAAAUACUUUAGUCCUUUUGUAGAAUAAACUCUACAUUCGCUCGAUUAACAGCAACGCUCGACUGUUUUAAAUUUUAUCAAUGGGCAACUAAUAAUUUGAAAUCCGGUCCUGUUCGAAAUAUUAUAAAGUGAACUUAUGCAACCAUUUUUACACUUCAAAGUUAUUCGAUCGUUUGUUAUGUCAAUGUCAAAAAAUCGAUUACUCCAUUUGACAUUGACAGUAAUAAAGUGUUCUGUGUUGCGUCAAGUGUUCUGUGAAGACAAACAAAACAAGUAAAACAACAUAACCUAUCAAAUUAAACAUUAAAUUUAUUAUUUUGUUUAAAAAAGGAAAGCAAUUUAACUAUUUCCAAAAUGACUAACAUGGUACAUUGUCAGUUAUGGAUGGGAAGUCUGGAGCCUUAUAUGACUGAAACGUUUAUUUUAACAGCGUUUAGAAAAAUGGGCGAGAAUCCUUUAAGCGUGAAAAUAAUGCGUAACAAAUUCACCGGCGAACCGGCAGGCUAUUGUUUCGUGCAUUUCCAAAACGACGAAGAAGCUAUCGAUGCAAUGCACAAGUUAAACGGCAAACCCAUUCCGAACACAGCUCCUACCGUUAGAUUUAGAUUGAACAACGCUAGUAACACAGGACGAUCGCUUAUAGACAGGGAGUUUUCGGUUUGGGUCGGAGAUUUGAGCCCCGAUGUCGAUGAUUAUAAUCUUUACAGGGUGUUUUCUUCGAAGUACAAUACAAUCAAAACUGCUAAAGUGAUAUUGGAUAAUAGUGGGUUCAGUAAAGGCUAUGGCUUUGUGAGGUUCGGCAGCGAAGAUGAAAUGAAAGACAGUUUGAUAUCGAUGAAUGGCUAUAUAGGCCUAGGAACAAAGGCGUUGAAAAUCUGUAAUGCAGUACCGAAACCGAAAGGAGCGCUAACACCUGGAACUACAACGACUAGUACCACUAGUACUACAACGGCGUCGAACGGAACUGAUUACAGCCAAUAUUACGAUCCUUCUACUUAUUGGCAAAACUAUGCUUCUUGGCAAUCGCAAGGAUAUUACGAGCAACCGGAACAUCAAAUGGUGCAUCACGAGGGCAUGAAUCCUUUCGCUGAAAAGAAAGAGGACGAUUUAGAUCUAAUAGAACAUUCACUGCCUUUAGACGUCGACAAGAUGAAUCGAGAUAAAAUUGACGCCGAUUGUAACCUGUGGGACGCAUUGGAAAGUUCCAAGUGGCUUCCGUGCGAUAUGCUAGAAGUGGCUUGAUUAAAAAAAUAAACUUGUAUCACUGGGGAAAAUUCAAAUCUACGUUCUUUGGUAAAAACUUUUAAUAGCAAUUGUGCAUUAUAAAAAAUUAAAUACGUUAAAAAUAAUUACAGUGUAUAAAAAAAUGGUUACAAAUAUUUUACAAUUAAGUGUAUAGGUAGGUUUAGUUAUGUAUAAAAAAAUGUAAGUAGCUUCGUAAAAAUUUCUUCAACUACAAGGAUAAUAGGAUUUUACAUAUUAGCGAAAUGUAAUUUUUAAUACUGUCAUCAAUGUUUUAAUAAAACUUCUCACUUACGAUAUAAAUUAAUUUUGCAUAUUUCUCCAGAAAGACACUGGUUUUGAUUUUCGAAUUCAAUCUUACAUAUAAAUACUGCACAUAAAACUAAACAUAAUACUUAAAAAAAUUAGGCAAGAUUUUUAUUUAAGUAAAUAAUCACCUGGUGUCUAAUAACUGUUAAUGAAAAAACAUAAAGCUGCACGAAAACAAAUCCAAUUUUAACCACAUAAAAUAACAUAAAUCUAUGUUAAAAUAAAGCCCGAUUUCAAUAAAAAAUCGAACCGUCGUAUUGUCGCUGCAUAUAUCUUAACAAGAUAUCAAUUUAAUCAAAAUACUUUCUACCUACUCUUAAACACAGCCGUAUUCGUACCAAACGGCCGUCUCUUUCGCACUUUUACCCGGCUUCUCCUUCUCCCCGUUGGGGAGGUCCUUAGGAGGAGCCUCUUCGGUGUGCUGGGGAGCCGCCAUUUUCGGCUGCUCCCCUAUAAUCGUGGAUAUUCUGUUGUACACCAACAGCGGCGGCGUGCCGGUACUCACUCUGUUAUUCUGAGGCGCGGGAGACGCCGGAGCGGUAUCAUCCUCAGACAGGUAAACGGUACGACGGGUACCCACGGAGCCCAAACUCAGGUUCGCAUCUUCAGAGAACAUCUGUUCGCCUAAUUAAACGCAUAUUUAUCGAGUAAUUCGGGUUAUUUGUAACGUUUUUUACCUGCAACGCUGUUUCUUUGGGAGCCCAAAUCUCUGUACGAUGACCUCCUCAUGGCCACUUCAUCUCUCGGUUUGUGACCAUACAAACUCCCCCCGCUCGAAACUGCUCUCUUGAAUGGCUGAGGCGUCGAUUCCUCGUUACUGUUAUCGGUAUUGUUGCCAUUGGACUCUCCUCCUGAGCCCCCUUCGUUCAUCAGGGUCAGCUGAGAUUGGGUGAGUCUCGUCGAAUCUUCGUGCCAAGAUCGCCGAUUCUGGAAUAAUCGCAUAAUGAUUUUCGG